AAUGAGUUGGGGACAAGACUCUUCCCACAGUGAUGAAUUCUUCAUGAAGCAAACCUUGCUUUUCUCUGAUAAUCUGAAGGAUUUGAAGAGUCUGAGGAAACAACUGUAUUCUGCUGCGGAGUAUUUUGAAAUGGCAUAUACCAAACAAGUGCAGAAACAAAUAGUGGAGGAGACUCUGAAAGACUACGCCAUUAAAGCACUGGUGAAUACUGUAGAUCACUUGGGGUCUGUUGCAUUCAAGAUUAACAGCUUCUUGGAUGAAAAGAUGAUUGAAUAUUCUGGAUUGGAGCUUCGUUUGUGCUGCGUGGAACAGAGAGCGAAAACAUGCCAAGAUUUUGUUAACUUAGGGGGCUUGUCUCAGCAGUCGAUGGUGUUAGAGGCACCCAAGCACCAUAAACACUACAUCUUCCCAGGAAAGCUUAUUCUUCAUAUACUUGAGACCCUGAAUGAUGUUGCCAACACUAGGCUGAAAUCCCACAAUACCAGCAUGUUCGCUCCAUUAGACUUGCAACGAUUUAAGAACAUUGGUAUUCAAGCAAAACCUAAAUACACCCAUUCUGAGUGUAUCGGUGAUGGAUUGUUGAUGUUGCGGUCUCCACGACCUGUACCAAGACAACGGCCCCAGUUGUUGAGCAGCGUUUCAAUGAAGCAGACACUAGUAGAUAACCGAUCAACCUCGCCUCGACGCUUUCCACUCUCACGAACCGCUUCUCCUCUGUCUAGAUCCAUCUCUCCUAUUAUUCCUAUAAGAAGGUACCCGUCGGAGCCUCGAAGAACGGUUUCGAUGUCAACGGUGGGUGAAAGGGAUGUGGAACAAUAUUCUACCAAAAGCAAACGUCUUUUCAAGACAAUGCUCAGCUUGCGCAAAUCCAAGAAGGAUCCUCUUGCUUUGUAUAAUUUCUUGGAUGACAAUUGAAUCUGUUCCAUUCCUUUCUAAUGUGGAAAA